UCAUUAGACUAUGUCAUGGCUAACAGAACGGCACCACGCCGGGGCCCUGUACCAUUGAAUGCACCUUCACCAGUUCGACCAACGAUAAAUGUCGAGGAAUGGGAAGCAAGAGCACCCUUGAGCGACGUCGAGAUCAGAAGUGUUGGCAUCAUAAAGGCUGCAAGCGAGAGACCACCUCUACCUGUCAAGUUCAGCGCCGAUGAGAAGAGUCCCUCACGACCGUCGACCCCCAAGAACAAAUUAUUGCUUCCAAGUUCUCGUCCAAGUACACCGAAUUCAUCACGACUGGCCUUGUCGACCCAUGCAUUACACCCCAAGCAACCUGUCCAAACGCCGCAACAGUUCUACGACUGGUUUGCGCUUAUUGACCGUUCUGUUGCUCAUAGCCAGGAGGCCCAUUUUCGAGCAUACGUUGCUAGCGUCUCCGAGCACCUGGAUACAUGCGACAAACUAAUUGACCACGUCGACGAAAUCGACAAAGAAGUGGAUGGGAUGCUGGAGGGCUGGCGUGGUGUCGAAGAAGGCGGCAAGAGUCUGAAAGACGCAUGUGAGCGACUGCUGGAGGAACGAGACCGACUUCUAGCAUUAACAAACGAUAUUGGUGCGCGUCUCGAGUACUUUCAGGAGCUUGAGCAUGCCACUAGAAUGCUCAACCAUCCCGGAGAGUCGCUUGUGCUUCAGGCAGACUUCUUGUAUAUGGUGGAACGGGUCGACAUCUGUAUUGAUUAUCUCAAGGCCCACCGUCAUUUCCGGGAAGCCGAGAUCUAUCUACUUCGCUUUCAGCAAUGUAUGACACGCGCCAUGACGCUCAUCAAGAUGUAUUUCGUAGGAUCUUUGCGCGCGCUAUCAGCAGACAUUUCAAAGCGAUUGUCAGAAAAAGAUGUUUCGUCGACGGCUCAGAUGCAUCUGCUUUACACGCGUUUCCGAAGUGUGUCGCCCCAGUUAGCUCCUCUCCUCGGAGAAUUGGAACGUCGCGCAUUUGCCCACAAGGAUGAACUCUCGUCCUUGCUAUCAGAAUGUCACAGUGCCUACUUUAGUGCGCGCAAAUCACUCUUGGUAACUCGUCUGAUGGAAGAGAUCAAAGGACUAGAUCCCACUCGUACGGAGCUAGUAGAAUUGAGUCGGUCGGGAUGCAGCUAUCUCAAACAGCUAUGUCUGGAUGAAUUUAAUCUGUUCCGGGAGUUCUUCAACUCGGGAGAAGACCAGCUGUACCAGUAUCUUGAAAACCUCUGCGAUUACCUUUACGAUGACCUUCGGCCUCGAAUUUUACAUGAGCCUAGGCUCACGGCGCUGUGUGAAGUGUGCACGGUCUUACAGGCACUCAUGGUGCUUGACGUUCCUGAUCUAUCAGAGGAUGAAGAGGAUGAGGAUGAGGAACUCAAUUUAGACCUGGAUAGGCCGAGAAAGAAACACGGGCUCAGCCGGCUGCAUAUCAGCCAACUUCUGCAGAUGGUCCUUCAGGAUGCUCAAACUCGGCUAUUCUUCAAAGCACAAUCGGUGAUUCAGUCAGAUAUACGAUACUAUGUGCUAAAACCAGAGGACCUAGCCUAUCCAGAUAAGCUCUUAGAUGCAAGAAAGCCAGUCUCGGUAACAGACAUAAAAGAAAAGGAAACUAUCAGCCAAAUAUUCAAGACACCAUCGCUGGACAAGCAAGACACCUGGUUUCCUACACUACAGAAGACUGUCUGGGUUCUGUCGCAACUUCAUGACUUUGUGAAGCCGGCUAUCUUCGAAGAUAUUGCACAAGAAGCUCUCAGUCUAUGUCGACAGUCCCUUGUUUCAGCAUCUGAGGCACUUAAACUCAAGAACCCUCCAACUAGCCGUCUUGAUGGACAGCUUUUUCUUAUCCGUCACCUCCUCAUCAUGAAGGAAAUCACGAACAAUCUGGACCUCGUGCAAAGAGACUAUGAUCCCAGCAUCAACUUUUCUGGCGUCACCGACACGCUGUCGUCUUUGCUGAAUAAAACCACUGCACUUCUCCCAGAUGCCUUGUUCUCCACUUUGGGCAUGCCGCGGGGUGACGGCAGUAUCAGAGGUGCCAAACACGGAAUCGAUCACGAGCUACGACGAGCAUGCAAAGAGGCCAUAUCUGAAUGUGCCGACUCAAUAUGCAUCCCACUACAUGAGUGGGUAGACCGUGUCGAUGAGUUCAACACGGCUUGGCGGACAAAAGAUGCUGCCAGUGCCCCUCUGACUACACAGGAAUGGGCUACACAAGCUGCUGCAGAGGAACUAAAUGACAAUUUUCGAACUGCAUGCGAGCGGGACUUGAGGGCUAACGUUGUCCGUUUGAAGCUUUAUCUGGAAGACGACCGGACCGUGAAAGUUUUGAUUCGUCCUGUGCAGGAUCAAGUCCUAGAGGAGUAUGAUUCCUUUAGGGAUGUUGUGUGGAAUAUGUAUGCUGGUGCGUUGAGACGGACCUUGUUCUCCUCGACGGAUUUACGGGAGAUGUUGGAGAGUAUUUGUGAUGGAGAUAGGGAUGGGCCUUCAACUAAUGCAAAAGAGCUGUAGCGUCCGAUCUUCCCGACAAAUUCAUUUAUCGGUCUAUCAUGAUUGCAUUCUUUGUUUGACAGCG